GCGUUUGUGUACCUACAAAUAAACGCUCGCUCGCACUCCGAGUGGGACCGGCAAGUCUGCUGUUGUGAUUCGAGCAGCGUGCUUCAGCUUUAGCUAAUUUUCUUGCAUUCAUUUCUUUAUUUGAUUAAGUGAUAAGUGAAGUAUCGAACGAAAUGGACGAUCUUAACAUCCAGGAUAUAAUUGCGGCAAUACGGAAUCGACCGGCAAUCUGGGACAAAUCGACAGCAGAAUACCAAGAUAAAAAAAUGAGAACUGUUUAUUGGGAGGAUUUGUGUUCGUCCCUGAUUCCCAACUUCAGAGGACUCUCCCCGAACGAUCAGCUGGGAAUGAUAUUUGAUUUCCAGAGAAAGUGGCAAUGCAUUCGAGGUGCUUAUGUGCGUUCGAUACGGAGACGAAAUCUCAAGAGGCCAUACCGUUACCACGAGCAUCUGUCAUUUUUGAGGAACACACUGAAGUCAUACCAAACAACGGACGACAAUGUGAUUAGCAGCAGUGUGAAGAACGACUUCGAAGACCGGAGCAACAGUAGUGAAACUGACCACACUUCACAUUUUCCGCACGAACUUAAAGAGUUCCACCAGGGGAUUUCCAUUAAGAACGUAUCGAACGUGGACGACGAUAAUGAGGACAUGACGUUUUUUCGGUCAGUAUUGCCACUGGUUGAACCGAUGACCAUGCGACGGAAAAUUGAAUUUAGAGUGAAAGUUAUGGAACUGCUUUUGGAUUGUACCGAACAUUCACGUCGAUCACCGGAACCAGAUCUUCCCCUUCCAUCCGAUAGGUCGCCUGAUGAAUGUUCCGGCGCAUUCAAAUGGCCCAAGGUAGAGAUAUGUGACACAGAUCUGGAUUCUUCCUCUGACGAUUGAUUUCAAUUAUUGUGUUCGAAAUCUCAUAUAAAUGUUUCUAAGUCAAUGCGUGGUGUUUAAAUUAUCUUUUUCAAUAAAAAUAG